UACUACAUUAUCGACAUCGUUGACAAUCAGGAGGUGUUUACGUAUCGAACGUGUUCAAUUUAUGAUACAGACAUACAGAGUUAUCUGAACGUUGUAGUUUUGAUUUGUGCAGUUUAAUAUAAACGAGAUAUAAAGCAGAUAAACUUCCGCUAGAGGAACAAGAUCCUGCUAUUCUACAUUGCAGAUUGCCGGCUAUCAUACUGUCGGGCAUGCAACUCAUGUGUCCGCUCUAUUCGCUAUACGACUAGUCAGCUGUUGACAUUGAGAAAAUCCCUGCUCUGCAACCGCCGUCCGGUAGCAAUAGAUGACCGUCGCAAUUACAAGUUCAGCAACCGAAACAACUACAUAAGUGCAGAUGAACAACGACACCAAGAUACAGCAAACGAGGAAGAGCCAGAAUGGGUGUCGGCAGGACCUACCUUUCGCCUGGACACAAUUUGUGAAUUCGAUGGAGAUAUUUCAAACAACGCCUCACCAAUCGAUUAGUUGACAUGCUAGCACAAAAUCAAGUCAACAGUAGCAUGAUUACUCAGCAACAAAUUCUAAUGCAAAUUCUCAGUGAAAAUCAACAGAAACAAUGAAAAACAACGUUGAGAAUGCAACUGAUCCACCACAAAUGCAACAACCCAACAACCCAACCCAACUAUCCAUCCCAACGUGAGCUGCAGUUCCGUACCCGAUCCAUAAUUCAGAACGCUCCGCAAAAAAACUGCAGGAUCAACACUGCAAACGCUAAAUAUUUUCUGGAAAAGGCGUUGUUUAACCUCACCACCAGCAAGCCUUUGCUCGAGUCUCGUAUCAAGUCAUCUAGAAACAGCGGCAGCCAAAGAGGAGAGCUGCAGCUGGUCGUUCUAAUGUGGUUCCUCUGUCUGUUAGGUCUGCUCAGUGAUGAAAGCCACGGUGGUGGAGCCAUAAUAGGUUCGCUUGGGGAGCAGGCACCCCGCUGCAGGAUCAGCACGAGCGAAAGAAGAAUUCGAAAAAGGCCAACAUUUCUCCAGAAGGUGAUUUGACACUUGGUAGUGUGAAGUCCGAUGGAAAAAUGUGAACGCUAGGAAAUAUCCAACCUGAUAGCACCAACACUAACAUCCCCCUACGCAUACCGCGUUACACCUGAAUAUUCUAUGUUUCAUAUUCAAAAAGUAAUAAAGUUUUGAUAAAACUCUUAAAUAGUUUUGAGAAAUA